UGUGCAACCUUCCAAGUAAACAUUGGACGACCUUCAAAAACUCUUUCACAAGGCUUCGAAUUUUAUAACAUUUUUAUUUUCUAUUGGAUUUUAUUUUUACCAAACAAUUAUGCUUCUUCUGGUUCUAUUAGCGAGUUUGUGGAGUUGUAAUGGUUUUACGUUGUAUGGAGAGUUGCCUGAAGUGCACAUGAAUGUGACCCAAAUGAUAGAAUACAAUGGAUACCCUUCUGAAAACUAUGAUGUUUUAACCCAAGAUGGUUACAUUAUAAAUAUACAACGCAUUCCUUAUGGAAGACAUGGAAAAUGGAAAGAUAAGCCAUCAAAGCCAAUCGUGUUCCUUCAGCAUGGUCUGCUGUGCUCCUCGACAAACUGGGUCUCCAAUCUACCCAAUGAGAGUCUUGGGUUUAUUUUGGCAGAUAAUGGUUAUGAUGUUUGGCUGGGGAAUGCUCGAGGGAAUACUUAUGGUCUAAAGCAUGUUAAUCUUUCUAUUCGCUCUGCUGCAUUCUGGAACUUCACUUGGGAUGAAAUGGCACAAUAUGACCUUCCAGCAAUGUUAAACUUCGUUCUCAAGAAAACUGGACAACCAACCUUGUACUAUGCUGGCCACUCACAAGGAACAAUGAUAGCAUUUGCAGAGUUUUCCCAUAACAAGGACCUUGCGAAAAAAGUGAAAACUAUGUUUGCACUGGGUCCGGUUGCUACAGUAGGAUACAUUGAAAGUCCAAUAAAGUUACUGGCAAUAUUUCUGCCAGAAAUUGAGGACUUCUUUAAAUUCUUUGGGAUAUACGAUUUUCUUCCCAAUAAUGAAAUCAUGAAAAUACUAGCAGACCUGUUUUGUGGACCUAAAGAUACAAGAGAAUUUUGCUCUGAUGUGAUAUUUCUUUUGGAUGGAUUUGAUGAGAAACAACUAAAUAAGACAAGGCUACCUGUUUAUAUUGCCCAUACGCCAGCAGGAACAUCUGUCAAGAAUAUGUACCACUAUGCACAGAGCUAUCGUUCAAAGAAGUUUCAAAAAUUUGAUUAUGGAACAGUUGGUAACAGGAUAAAAUAUGGACAGGACACACCACCACUGUAUAAUCUAUCUACUUUUACGGUACCAACUGAACUUUACUCUGGGGGUGAGGACUGGCUUGCUGACCCUAAGGAUGUGAGUCUGCUGUGCAAAGCCAUAACAAAGACUGUUGUGUAUCAUGAAUACAUAAAAGCAUGGCAGCAUUUAGAUUUUAUUUGGGGCCUUGAUGCAGCUUCUCUAGUUUAUGAUAAAAUUGUAAAACAUAUUAAUGCUACAGAGCAUUCAAACUAUUUGAUGUAUAGAAAAUCACACAACAAUUGCAAAAGCCCUUAUAGGUAGGGAGUACAAUUUAAGAACUUUCAAAACAACAUCAGUAACUAUUAAUCUCGUCUUCAUAUGAAGCUUCAUGCGAUUUUUAAAUUUUAGUAUACAGUUUCACACAAAAUGGUCGAAGCAUGGGCACUCUUAUUUGUCUUUGACCAAUUUUCUUAUUCAGGCAAUGGACUCUUCUCAAAAUUAUCUUCAAUGCAAAGUUAACAUGAAAAUACUGCAAAAAAAAAAAAACCCAAACUUUUUCUCAAUAGAAUUUAGCAUUUUUUUUGAAGUUCCAUGUUAGCCUCGCAUUCAUAAUAAUUUUGAGGUCACUUUUUAAAUGUAGCUAAUAAAAUCACUGUAGUAUAUAAAGUUCAUACAUUCUCUUAUCAAGGUAAAAUGUGAUAUACACUCAAUUGAAGAAUCGUUGUUGGGUUCAGAAACAUAAAACAUAAAAGCUGAGACCGAAAUGGCACAUGGGAAGUACGUUAAUUAGAUGCAUGCUGUGACCGGCGACCCGUGGCA